AUUGAAACAUUGAUACACUAUGGAAAAAUCAGGCGGAGAAAUUGAAAUUGACGAAUUUCUAAAAUUUUUAAAAACUUCUUGUCAUGUCAACGAUUUAAUACGAGAUUCAAAAGAAUCAAAUUCAAUUUCUAUCGAUUUCGAUGAACUUGCUUCAAAUCAAAUCAUAAAAAAUCUUUGUGGACCUAACAAAGAGAGUAUAGGCUCUGAAAAUAUAAUAGAUACUUCAACAUCAUUGACAAUGACAACGGAUAUUAAAUCAGAAAAAUCGUUAUUCGAUUCUCGAAAUGACCGUAAAGCUUUAUCAAAUUCUAUUGCCUGUAAACAAAGAUCAAAUUUAAAUGGACACAAUAACGCUGAACCAGAGCAGAAGUCAAAGAUUCAUCCAAAGCUUAGUGAAAAAUUAGACUAUCUUAUAAAUGAGGGAGUCUUGGAUUCAGUGCUCCCAUUUGUUUGUCCUGUUGUGACAGCAAGAAAUCUGUAUCAAGGUGCCCAAAAGGAAAAAAAUAGUAAAACGAAAGUAAUAGAAAAUAGCCAAGUUUCGGCUCCUACUCCGGCUCCCAUUGUUCUCUCCAAGGCUUUAGCAUCUGUAAAUAUUGAUGGUGGUGAUGGACCAAAUUUUGAAGAAUCAAAAGAACAAGCUCCACUUUCCCAGACAUCAGUGGAAGAAUGUGGAAUAACAGUUGUGCAAAAAGAUAGCAGAAUGUCAAGACGAAAAUCUUCAACAAGCACUCGAUCGAAUCUGAGCUUUGAUAACAAGAAGCAAGACGUUGAAGUUAUUAUACAUGUGUGUGAUGAAAUAAAAGGCACUUUUCGGGACUUCACCUGCCCACAGAAACUUUUGGUUAGCAAAAUGGGUUAUUUCACUGACGUCACUGCUGGGCAGAAACUCGAAGAUAUGGAUAUUUCAGUACAUUGUGACAUUCAAAUUUUCGAAUGGCUUAUGAAAUGGAUUAAGAAAUCUCACGAUCAAGACGAUGCCCUGCCUCAGUUGGAUGCUACAAAUGUAGUACCAAUUUUAGUUUCGGCCAGUUUUCUUCAAAUGGAGCCACUCCUUUUAGAUUGUUUGUCCUUUUGUCAUGCUCGUCUUAGUGAUGUUGUUCGUUCGUCAACUAAUUUAUCCUGUUUAAAUGACUCAAUAAUAACUCGGUUAGCUGCUAUGUUUACAAAUUUGGAACUAGAAAUGGUUAAGGAUAAAAAGGAACGUGUUACACCACGACUAUGGACUAAGCUAAUACAAAGUCUUAGCGAACCAGAACCACAAGCCCUUCGGGGUCAUUAUUUUAGUUUGGCUGGAUUAUUUCGUUGCUCAAGGUGUUCCAAAUGUUUGACUCAGACAAUGAGCUCUUACAUCAGUUGUGUUCCAUCAAACAUUCGUCUUAAUCGAUGGGGACAACUGGUUAGCCAGCAUACUCGAGACACGACAUGGGAUCUAUCUAACUACGUAACGUCUUUAUUCAAAGAACUUAAGUCCUGGCGCAAAGUCUAUUGGAAACUUUGGGGACAUUGUCAUUUUCUUUACUGUUGUAUUUGUGAAAGUCAUUUCCCUGUUUAUCAGAUGACUUGGUGUCGUUUUCAUCCGGAGGGUGCCCAAUUUUUGGGACCUGUUACUGAAGGACGUGUCGCGGGUCCAGCAGGUCGAUAUCAAUGCUGUGGCCAGCAAGCAUUUCGAUAUGAAACACUUCCAGGACCAAAUGGAUGUCAAUUCCGGGAGCAUAGUGUUCUUAUUGAAAAUGAUCGGGAUAGGGCUAUUCUGACUUUGCUUCAAAUUGCGUCAGAGGGAGGAAAUUUAUUUGAAAGUCCGCCCGCAAAAUUACGUGAAGAAGUUUCAAGUAAUCUUAUGGAACCAAGAUGGAUUGGAUUAUGUUUGAUGCCAACAAAAUGUAGACCGGGACUCUUACCCAUAUUAAGCAUAGAAGAAAACAACACAAAAUUGUCACGUAGACUACGUCUAGGAGUUUCACACUUUGCCGAAUCAAGUAGUGAAACUGACACAAGCAACACACCAGAGAGAUCAAAACAAUUUGCACCACGCUACUUUUCCACCAGCAGUGACGGUUGUGAAUCAGAAAGUAGCAGUUUAAAAAGAGUUUGUAGAAGACGAACCAAAAGGCAACCAGAAUUAUCUGGAAGAUACUGGUCAGGAGAAUUAUCAGCCAGAAGCAAUCAAGACCAUCAGAGAGAGUUCGAAGAGAAAAUUAUGAAACAAGUGACUGCAGCUGUUGGUAAAAAGACAGGCAGCGAUAACAAUACGAAUCAAGGUAGUUUCACAAAUUGUGGAACUUACAUUCGACUUGAAGCAGAAUGGAAAGAUCAGUUAAAACAAAAACACACAAAUAAACAAAAAUUUAAAUAGAUUCAAGUAAUUUGACGAAAACAAAAAUAAACUUCAUUAAAGUAAAGUAAUAUUUUAGGGAGAAUAAUAUUUUAAAUAAAAUCAAAUAAUUUUUGUUUAUUAUUUUUUUUUCUCAUUUAAUUUACAAAUUUUGAUUCGCAAACAAUUGCUCUCCGAACAUUUUGUUUACAAAAAAAUUACUGUUUUGCCUGUUUUAAUACAUUUUAAUAAAUUGAAGAGUUAAAAUUGUUUUCUCUAAAAAAAACACAAAAA